UGGGACUUCCGCCAUAAAUUGUGGCAUCUGGAACACAUACACAUACACACUGCUCUGUCUGCUAUUUCGCUGAUGUGAUUGGCCGAGGCAAGGUCGCUGGCUGUUAAUGCGGGCUCCCACGAAAUCCCCCUCUUCCUGCGCCGCCCUGGUUUCAAGGCCUAGAUGUUUCGAUUGCUGAUGCGGUUUCGCUCUGAUACUGUACGGAUUUGCCUGCUCUAUUCCCACCAUUCCACAUGAGGGGUCUCAAAUACGUCCACUUAUCGAUGCGGAGUGUGAAUUGGAGUGCGAAUUAUGAACUCCAGCCCGACCAGCAACCAGCCUGCCUGUGGGCUUUCUGAUCGACCCCUAAAUACAUCACUGCGCUUUAAUUCCGAUUCUCCUACCGUCUCUACCUCUCCGCCGUCCGGGGUCGCCCGGUCCGUGAAUAAAAAGGUUGUAGGGCGCCAGAUUACCCGAAAUCGAGCCAGUUACAGUUGCCAUACGUGUCGCAGGCGGAAGGUGAAAUGCGACAAGAUUCAUCCAACUUGUGGGAACUGUGCGAAAAACGGAACAGAGUGUCUUUACGAUGCGGCGUCACACAAGGAGAGUCCGUCGCGGAGUAGCCGAGACAAGGAUGGACACGGGGUGAAGCGGAGGAGGGAGGCGUCACGACCACUGGAAGAAGAUAUUGAUAGCUUGCAAUCGAUGUAUGGCUUUCUGAAGCAGGCCGACACGUCUGAACAGACUUCUAUCGAAUCGCGACUGGAUAAGCUCACUUCGAUGAUUGAGCGACUCAGUAAGGCAUCCCGGCCGCUGGAUCUGGGCGAGAGACAGAUGCUGGCGCCGAAUCCGACCAUCCAGGAGCCCUCAAAGUUAGAUCCCCGUGCUGUUCUAAACGGUCGUUCUACGCCUGACAGUCUGCGCCGCACGGGUGAUUUGAGCGGCGAUGAAUUUCCCAUACCGUCUGGUCAUGCUACUGAUCUGGUAGACCCGGUGGGGUCCUUGAAUUUGGGCCAUCUUAGCCUGGAGGACGGCGGGAGAUCCCGAUACGUGGGGACCACAUUUUGGGCCUAUAUAUCGCACGAGAUCAAUGAAUUAAAUCAACUACUUCGGGACCAGAAUCAUUCACAUGAAAAAUCUGGGCUUAAUGAGAGCUACGCGGAUGAACCUAUGGGAAAUGCGCCGACCCGUAACUGGGUGCCUUCUAUGAAUGAUACCAGCGCAGUGGUUGAGCAAGGGCUCUCAAGCGGGGACGCAUUUCAGAGAUCUGUUUUGUUCCCAUCGAGCGAAUCGCCACUGGUGAAGGACCAAAUAGUUGAACCCGAGAUGCUCGACUUCAUGCCUACGAAAAGACAAAGUCACGUCCUUUAUAAAGGGUUUAUGUCCGGAAUCCAAGCUAUCUGUCCCGUGGUACAUCCCCCCACGAUACUAAAGCAAUACAACGCCUUUUGGCAUUGGUACGACUCUAGAAGUUACUCAGGGGAGUCGUGCCCGGACCCAUCUUUUAUCCCUCUGCUCUACGCUAUCUGGUAUGGUGGAUCUGUCACGAUAUCAAUUCGGGCGAUUAAGGCAGAAUUCAAUGUCUCUACGAGAGCUGCGCUUUCAAAGACAUACAACGACCAGGUUACCCGCUGGUUGACCAAGAUUUCUUUUCCUCGCAGCCCAUCAUUGCAAGGAUUGGCCGCAUAUUUACUUGUACAAACAAUACUUUCAAAGGAGGAAGAGCCACUUACAAGCAGCUUAUUUGUGAGUCUUGCCAUGCGAGUAGCACAAACAAUGGGUCUUCAUCGGGAUCCCGCCAAUUUUGGAAUUGGCCCGUCGGAGGCAGAGUGUCGACGACGAAUGUGGUGGCACAUUGUACAUAUGGACGGCGUUGUUUCAAUGUCUAGUGGAUUGCCUCCAUUAGUAAGUGACGAGAAUUUCUGGGAUGUUCGUGAAACAAGUGAAGUCAAAGAUACUCUUAUUGGACUCCCCGAGGCUGAGCAGUACGAGAGGAUGGUUCGUGCCGGGUUGAGACCUAGGGAUACUCCUGAUGACCCGGCCGUUUGUGGUGGACCGUCCACGGUCAAUGUCUACUAUCUAAGCGCCAGAGGCAAAUAUGUUAUGGCCCGUGCUGUUCGUCGAAUAAUGAAGAUUCAGCUGGGGACCAAACCAGUAACUCGGCGCGACAUGGAGGAAUUAAGAUCAAUCCUUGUUGAUCUUCAGAUACAGCUUAAUUCGAUAGUCGCCCGCAUUCCAGAGCCCAAGCAAGCCGACCUUCCUUCCAAGGCUUCCAAUAGAUCCUGGUCAUUUUCACAGUCCCCGACUGAGGUUCGGAUCAGUGACACCACCACACUCCCGGGGGAAGCCUCCCACACCUGUACAGAGCAGUACCAUUCGCCCGUGCUGGCCUCUUUUCACAAAUGGGCACGAAUAGUUCUCACUCUAUUUAUAGAUAAGGCAUUUUGUGUUGCAUACCAACCUUUCCUUAAGAACGCAAAAAGCAGAAUCUGGCCAGCUGCAAGGCAAAGUGCCCUCCGCCAUUGCCAUGGAUUCAUGGAAAAGUUCAUUUCCCUUGCUACCGACCCAGAUUUCCAACCCUUCCAGUGGAGCUGGCCCGGAAACCACCAACCGAUGCAUGCGACAAUGAUCAUGCUUAUCGAUCUUUAUGAACGACCUAAUAGCCCGGAGGCUCCGAAGUCGCGGGCAUUUAUAGACAAAAUCUUCUCUCUUACUGGGCCCGAUGGAGGAGUUGUAGGAGGUGAGGAUGGCAUCACAACCCAACGGCCUUUGAAAGAAGGUGGGCGCGAGGCAUGGGACAUGAUCCGUAGACUGCGCCAGAAAGCAUGGCAAAAGGCAGGGCUCGAUCCGCAAAGGCUGUGGACUGAGCAGGCGCAGAUUCAAGCGGGGGCAGCAACUGUCCCUGAUCAGUAUACUGCGAUGAACCCCAACUAUCCCGAAACCGCCUCAGCUGCUACUUCUCCGGUUGGCUCCCAGCCGAUAAACACCCGGGAUCAACUGAUGGACUUUUCAAAGAUGUUUUACAAUAUGACUCGUUCCCAUAUGCUUGCGAAUCCCACAUCCGCUGCCCGGUCCAGAUCCAGCCCACUACGAUACGAACUAUCACCAACCAACGGCGGUGCAGCCUCAUCAACUCUAAACACCGCAACAGCCCCUCAGAUCCUUUCUCCUUCUCCCACAAACAAAGGCUCUGCCCUGCCCGCCUCCGCCGUUUCUCCAACCCCGGGCCUGACACCGCUCAAUCCUACCGCUCCCCCAGCACCCGCAACUAUGCCCUUGCUCCAACAACCAUCUACCACGACAUCCCCGGCACCCCCAAGUUUCCUAGAUGGCGUCGUCUCUCCCUCUGGACCAGCCUUGAACGCUCCAACGCCUCCUUCCAUGGUUGAUCCGAACUUGAAUUUCGACUGGGACCAGUGGGAUGCUGUCUUUGGGCACCAUCUCCCCGUUUCAGAUGAGCUGAUGGAGCUGGAUCCAAUGACUGGAUUCGAGUUUGGAGAUCUUAGCGGCGAAAGAACGAAUGCGAGUCAACUGCCUAGUGUGAAUGGGAGCGAGUCUGGAAUAAGCGAUAUACGGAGUUCGAAUUGGAACGCCUUUUACUAGUUUUUUUUUUUUUUUGUUAUAGCGUGGGGGGUUGGGGGUUGCUUGGUUACGAUAUUAUGUAUAGCCAUAUUUCUUGGGGUGCAGUAUGGAUGUAUGUGCAUCCCACUUAUGAUACCUGGGUAUAGUAAUGUCGCGUAUAUAGCUUGAGGAACCAGUUGGGGCGCAUAUUUUGCGGGUAGUUUACUACCAAUACUUGUAGGCUACGGUAUGGACAGAGAUAUAAUCUUGCCGGGGGGUGGGUGAUGCGAAUAGUAUUUUUCAAGGUCGUCUAGAGCAUCUGGGGCGGGGCUCGAUUAAAAGAAGAAAGUAAAGAGGGCGUAACAGGUAUGAGAUUCAUGAGGCGUGACUCUGAUCAAAUGGGAUCCAGAAUAUGCGAGAUAGAGCGAGCUUAGGAUAUUAUAUGAAAAAUGAGACUAGCGAU